AACAUCACAUUAGUGGUAGGAACUUAAUUGAUGAUACAAGUGUUACCUCUCAUGUCGGGGUAUAUUCAGCUUUGGACAUGCAAUAUAGGGAAAAACAUGCUAUCGGAAACAGAACAACUAACAUGGAUGAGCCUUCUGAUAAGAUAUUGAAAAGGAGUUCUGACCUCCAUGUGGUGGAAGAAUGCAGCGAGGGCGUGGGUGUAGAAAUGCCUCUGCAGACUAGCAAGUCUGCAGACAUUGUCUUGUCAGAAGGAAAGUUAAAUGACACAUCAUCAAUGCCAGGUAUUGAUAAUACCCUCAAGUUGCAUGAAAAUGAGGUUAGCAAUAUUGAUACUGUAAUUUGUACGGGUCCUGAGUCUAAGGUGAAUUUAUUGGUGAAGGUAGCAUCUGGUGCUAUUGAGGAGGACUUGUUAGAAAGUGAUUGCCACCCAGAUAAAAAAAUCUUGAGCAGCAAGUCUGAGAAAUCUUUGUUGUCGGUGGAAGAUGGUAAAGUUUCUAAGGAUGAUAAAGGCUCUCAUGUUACCUUGGUAGCUGAAGCCACGAGAGAAUGUGAAAAAUACAUCAUCGCCGGGCAUAGUGAUGAUCAUAAAUGUGAGGAGAGUGUUUCAGCUUCUGCAAAGCAGAAAACCAAUUUGCCUUCUGAUGGUAGUAAUGCAGGUUGUUGUGAUGAUGGGUCCCAACUUGUAACAAAGGGAGUUGAUUUGUCAUCAUUCGGUGCAGGUGGCAAGGUAAAUGAGUUAGUUUCAAACCUACAACCUGAUGUUGCUGUCAGCAGUAUGCUGGUGGAGUGUGUUCUUUUGCCUUCCAGCAAGGGUAUACUGGCCAGUAAUUUUUUGGAUCAGAAAGAGGUUCCGAUGUCAUCUUCAGAAGUAAGCUUCUCGGUCAUAAAGGCCUCUGGAACAACCACCGAAGAAGGUGCUUCUUGUAAGACUGGUGAACAGUUCCCAUACAAGAAAGUUGUUCAAUCAUUGUUAAUGGAGGAUACCACUACCGUUGAGGGAGAAAGUGGAGAUCGUACAAUUUGCGGUGUCACACUGGAUGUUGGAAAGGAUAUGCACUCACCAUUUAUUGUCUCUGAUUCAACAGCGAGGAAGACUGAUGGUGAUGAAGCUCAAGUUAUCCCUGAAAAGGUUUCUACAGAUACUGCAGGUGAUGUAUCAACUCAACUGAACAAGACGUUGAUGAAUUCAGUGCCUUCAACUUCAAUGGAAACCUCCCAUGGCACUGUCCAAAAUCACCCUAAAGAUAGUAAUUCCAAAUUGGUUUCUGAAGAGGUCAGUGGUCAUGUUGCUGUGCAUCAUGUUGAUGUUGAUCCUGCAAAGACUUUUAAUACUUCCUUUGCUUCUGUGUCGUCAUCUGAAUCUCCUCAAACUAAGUUUCACAUGAUGGAAAAUGGAAGUAGCAGUGCUGAUCUUGACAAUCCUUCCUGUGGCUCUCCGGUUGUCAUUAGAACAUCUGAGCAAUCACAAAGUAAAACUGAAAAUGAAGGUGUGAGAGUAUCCAAAGAUCGGAGUCCUGUAGCAUCCGGCAUCACUAAUGGGGAAGCAAACAAAGAGCAGCCAAUUUCUCAGGAUACAAAAGGAAAUGAUGCAGCUCCAAGAGAGAAAAGCUUCACCUUUGAGUCAUGCCCAUUGUUAGCUAUGUCUGAACUAGAAGCUGAGAAGAAUUGGAAACCUUUUCCAGCCAUGCAACAUGAAAAAAUAUCCCUGAAGGCCAUGGAAGGAGCUCCAUCAACCUCUGGCUUAAGCAUAACUAGGCCUAUGGCUGCUCAAGAGACGAGUCGUGCAAAUCCUCAGGUAACUAAAAGGGAGAAUGUGCAUGGUGGAUCCAAAGGGACUUCUGAGCGUAAACCAAGACAAGCGGGUGGUAAGAGUGCUGGAAAGGAAGCUGCUAGGAAGAGAAAUACUGCAAAAGAAACAACUCCUGCAAGACAAUCAGAAAGAAGUGAUAGGACAAGCAGUGUGUCACCCAGUUCAGCUGGAACUGGUCAGCUUGUGCAAUCCAACGAGAUUCAGCAUUAUGGACACAUAGAAGGCGUUUUUCAUCAGCCUUUCACAGAUUUGCAGCAAGUUCAGUUAUGUGCUCAGAUUUUUGUGUAUGGAGCUUUGAUACAAGGAACAGUACCUGAUGAGGCGUAUAUGAUAUUGGCAUUUGGAGGUCUUGAUGGUGGAAGAAUCAUUUGGGAGAAUGCCUGGCGAGCAGGUAUAGAGAGGGUACAUGGUCAAAAAUCGCUUCUUGUUAGACUUGAAACUCCAUUGCAGUCUAAUAUAGGUGCUAAAACUUCUGAUCAACCAAUCAAACAAAAUACACUUCAGAGUAAGGUCACAUCCUCACCCGCUAGUCGGUCUACCGGCAAGGGUACUCCAACAAUGUCAAGUGUAAACCCAAUGAUACCCCUUUCAUCACCACUAUGGAGUAUUCGUACACCUUCCAGUGAUGCCCGUCAACCAACUGGCCUUCCAAAAGGUGCAGUUAUGGAUUAUCAGCUGGCAAUUUCUCCAUUACAUCCUCCACCUACAAGAAAUUUUAUUGGACACAAUUCUUCUUGGAUGUCACAAUCUCCUUUUCAUGCCCCCUGUACUCCACUAACUUCUGCAUUUGAUGGCAAUGCUAGUUAUCCUUUGUGCCCCAUCACUGAAGCAGUUAAUUUGAAUCCUGUAAAAGCAUCUGUGCCUCAACCUUCUAGUGUGAAACAGGUUUCUGCAGUUCCUGUGGUCCAGAGUGGAAGUCCUGCAAAUGUUUUUGCAGGGACCCCCCUGCUUAACACAAAAAAGACAGCAUUAACACCUGGUCAGCAUUCUGCUGAUUCAAAGCCUAAAAAACGGAAAAAGUCUACAGUUUCUGAGAAGCCUGGGCAGAGUAUACCUCAUUUUCAAUCAGAGUCCUUGUUUGCUACUGUUGUAGUUAACCAUGCCUCUACACCUGAUGCCAUUGGCAUUCCUGCUACCAAUAUAUCCAAGUCCUCCACUGAUAAAUUUGUUAUAUCUGUCUCUGCUAAUAAUCUCAAAAAGGGUGACCAAGAACCGGAUCAGAGGGAUAGUCUGUCUGAAGAGACUCUUAGUAAGCAUGAGAAUGCUCAGAAGCAUGCAGAGGAUGCUGCUUCUCUUGCUGCUGUUGCUCUUAGUCACAGUAAAGAAAUAUGGAAUCUUUUGGAAAAGCACAAAAAUUCAGGGUUGGCUCCAGAUGUUGAAACUAAAUUGACUUCUGCAGCUGUUGCAAUAGCAGCAGGUGCUGCUGUUGCAAAGGCUGCAGCUGCAGCUGCCAAUGUUGCCUCAAAUGCUGCCUUACAAGCAAAAUUGAUGGCUGAUGAAGCAUUGGCUUCAAAUGGCUACAGAAAUUCCAUUCCCAGUAGUUCAAUCUCUGAUAGUGUGAAGAAGCUGAGCAAGGCUACUCCUGCAUCCAUCUUAAGGGGUGAGGAUGCUACUACUAAUUCAAAUUCUGUCGUCGUUGUUGCUAGGGAAGCUUCUAGAAGGAGGUUAGAAGCAGCUUCAGCUGCCUCUAAGCAGGCUGAAAACAUGGAUGCCAUUGUUAAAGCUGCUGAGCUGGCAGCUGAAGCUGUGUCACAAGCUGGAAAGAUUGUUGCUAUGGAUGAAACUUUCUCGUUGACUGAAUUGGUAGAAGCAGGUCCAGAGGCAUACUGGAAAGUACCCCAAGCUUCUCCUGAGCCAGAUGGUGCUAAUAGAGAACACAUAAACAUAGUUAGUAGUGUGGAAGCUCCUGAUUCAUCUGUUGGACAUCUAAAAGAAGUUACCGCGGACAAGAGGGAAAAGCAGAGUGAUAACCAUGGAAAGUCACAUACUCUUAGAGAGAUGGCCAGAGAAUCUAUGGAAGAUCAUUCUAGGUUGACAGAUGGCAGUUUGACUCGUGUUGCAACUAGUGAAAAGGAUAAAAAAGGACAAAAGGGACGCAAAGCUUCAGAUGUCGCCAAAACUGAAGGAGUUGCUUCUGAAUCUCAGAUUGGGUUUGGAUCACCUUUGAUGGCCACUCAGUCUGCCCAUGAAAAAUCAGGGGAAGGGGAAACUUCAAAAGACAAUAAUAUAAGGGAAUCCUCGCAGGUUGAGGUAUUGAGAGAUGGAGAUGGGCAGAGAGCAGCAUGGUUCCUGGCAGAUAUACUGAACUUGAAAGAUGGCAAAGGUUUUGUGUGUUACAAUGAACUUCGACAAGAGGAUGGUGAUAGGCUAAAGGAAUGGGUGGAACUUGAAGUUGAAGGUGAUAGGGCACCCAGGAUACGCUGUGCUCAUCCUAUUACAGCCAUGUCAUUUGAAGGAACAAGGAAGAGACGCAGGGGAGCCAUGGGGGAUUAUAAUUGGUUUGUUGGAGAUAGGGUUGAUGCAUGGAUGCAAAAUAGCUGGUGGGAGGGAGUUGUCACUGAGAAGAGCAAGAAAGAUGAAACUUCAUUUACCAUCUAUUUUCCUGCUCAAGGAGAAGCAUCUGUUGUCAAAGCAUGGCUUCUUCGUCCUUCUCUGAUGUGGAAGAAAGGAAGUUGGGUUGAAUGUUCCAGAUCUCUUGAUAAUAAUGAGUCUUCCCAUGAGGGUGAUACCCAACAGGAAAAACGGAAAAAGUUCAGCAUUCCUACUGUUGAGGCCAAAGGGAAAGAUAAGCUUUCAAAAAAUGUUGACAUUAAGGAAUCUGGGCAACCUGUUGACACGAGAUUGCUGGAUUUAUCUGCAAGUGAAGAAAUAUUUAAUAUUGGUAAAAGCACCAGAGAUGAGGGUAAGCCUGAUUCACUCAGAAUGAUAUGUACUGGUUUGAAGAAGAAAGCAUCAGGAGUGGUUUUUGGGGUUCCUAAGCCUGGAAAGAAGCAAAAGUAUAUGGAAGUAAGCAAACAUUAUGUUGCCGAUAAGAGUAGCAAGACUCAUGAAACUAAUGAUUCAGAUAAGCUUACCAAAUAUUUAAUGCGUCGAGGAUCUGAACCCCACGGAACUAAAAAUAAAAUUGAAUCAAAGGAAAAACAAAUGGCUGUAUCCAAGCCCAAGAUGCUCAAGCCCGGAAAACUGCUUAGUGUUUCUAGUAGAAGUAUUCCUCAGAAGGAUGACUUAUCAAGCACUAUGGUUUCUGAACAUGAUAGUGCUGUGGCCUCAGAUGUUUCGAAAUUGGAGGAUUCUAUAAGCCAUGAGAAUGUAUCGGGAAAGCCAAACAUGAUGGAGCUUAGAUCAUUUCCAUCUUCUGAUGGGGCAGCAGAGGGGCCCGUCUUAUUUUCUUCUAUGGCCAUCUCACAAGAUGCGCCCCCCAAGAGAGCUUCUGCAUCAAAUGCUAAAUCUGAAAGGAUUAAUAAAGGGAAACUUGCACCAGCUGCUGGGAAGUUGGCAAAAAUCGAGGAAGAAGUCUUCAAUGGUGAUUCACCAAAAACAAGCUCUGAUGUUGCUGAACCUCGUAGAUCUAAUCGCAGGAUUCAGCCAACGCCAAGACUUUUGGAAGGGAUUCAAAGCUCAUUGACCAUCUCGAAGAUUCCUGUUUUGUAUGACAUGAGUCACAAAAGUCAAAGCAGAAGUACCAGAGGAAAUAACCAAGGUUGAGAGCAGCUAAAUGAAUCCAGUCUCGAAGAAAUUCAGAGAUUAUUGGGGAACCAACGUACAGAAGUGUAGCUUGUGUAAAUUAUCAGAUGAUAGAGGAGAAAGCUAGGAAUGAAAAUUGCUUCUUUGGCUUUUUUGUUGUAAUUAGUUUUAUUUAGGAAUAUUAGAAUUUGAUCUCUCUAGGCCAUGCUCAUCUAGCUUUUGUAUAUGGAACGUCCAAGUAGUUAGGCUUGGUAUUCGCAGAGCAGCAUUGCAAAGCAAUAUCGACCCAUGUAUAUUUGUUGCAUCUAACUGCUCAUAUGCUUAUUAUCCAGGCAUCUUGGUUCUGCAA